UAUGUCUGCUUCUGAAAUUGAAAUUCGUUUCCGUUGCCUACCGUCAUCGUCUUCUACUUCUUAGUAUUUUUACUCCGCCAUUCGACGUGGUCCUCCAAGACAGCGGGCGACAGGGCAGGUUCGUCGAAGGCUUGAUUUCUGGAUCAAAGUUUAUCUUGUGAGGCUAGAACAAAGGUCUAUAAGAUAUAAAUGCUUCGGCACUUACCAGCUGUAUCUUUUGCUCCAUGGGCCGUAUCGAACAAGGGUGAUCCGCUUUGCUUAGCAGAAAUGUCUCGGCACCCUGUUUUGAACUCCAGUUUCCAUGGGCUAAAGUUUGGCUUUGUGUGCAGCAAUCCUACCGUCAAAAUUAAUCGAGGAAUCUCUGCCUGUACGUCUAAACGGCCUAAUCAUAAUCGUAGCAAGAAAAAAGAUGAAAUAUUACCUCAGAAUGUGGAUCUUCCUACGAUACUUCCGAAGAAGAAGAAGAAGCCCUUUCCUGUACCGAUCAAGAAGCUUUUGCAGGAGGGGAGGAUUAACAAAAAGCUGGCUCAAAUGGGCAUCGAGAGGCAUCUCGAGCCUCCGAAAAAUGGACUUCUUGUUCCAAAGUUAGUUCCUGUUGCUUACGAAGUUGUCCAUGCUUGGAAAAUUUUGAUUCGAGGGGUUGCGCAGCUCUUGCACGUCGUGCCAGUCCAUGCUUGUAGCGAAUGCUCGGAAAUUCAUGUCGCAGAAACCGGUCAUCACAUACAAAACUGCCGCGGCUCAACCAAUGGCAGACGAAAGGGUCUUCAUUCAUGGAUAAAAGGCUCCGUCGACGACAUACUCGUCCCUAUCGAAUCGUACCACAUGUACGAUCCUUACGGCCGGCGCAUCAAGCACGAAACGAGAUUGAACUUCGACAGAAUCCCCGCCGUGGUCGAACUCUGCAUCCAAGCAGGCGUCGAGCUGCCGGGAUAUCCGUCGCGAAGGAGAACUGAACCCAUCCGGAUGAUGGGCAAAAAAGUGAUCGAUAUCGGAGGACUCGUCGAGGACCCAGGCACCAGCCCCUCGACAUCACCGAUUAUCGAACUCGACACUCAUCGCGCCGUCGACCGAUUCCCACCCCCAACCGAUCGAGAAAUCCCGAAGAUCGCUCAGGAGACCGUUUACGCCUACGAGAAGGUAAAAUGGGGCGUCGCGAAGCUGAUGAGAAAGUAUACGGUGAAAGCGUGCGGGUACUGCUCCGAGGUACACGUCGGGCCGUGGGGGCACAAUGCGAAGCUUUGCGGCGAAUUUAAACACCAGUGGCGAGACGGGAAGCACGGAUGGCAAGACGCGACGGUAGAUGAAGUUUUCCCGCCGAAUUACGUUUGGCAUGUUGAAGAGCCUAACGGGCCGCCGCUAACGAAUGCGCUUAAGAGAUUCUACGGCAAGGCGCCCGCCGUGAUCGAGCUUUGCUUUCAAGCGGGAGCCUGUGUGCCCGAUAAGUACCGGCCGAUGAUGAGGGUCGACAUUGUCACGCCGGAGGAUGACGAAGCUCGCCUUGUCGCGUAACCGGAGGUAAAUAUCGACGUUUACCGUUAAAUAUUACUCCUUUGGUCCGCUAUAAUUAUUUUUUAAAUUUAUAUAAUGAUAAAAAAAAAAAAAAAAAAAAAAAAAGGUUGUUAAAGUGAGCCUUCAUAAGUACAAUUGUUAGAAAUAACAAGCAUUCAGUAGUAAUAAUAGUAAAUUCAAUAAUCCGCAAAGACCCAUCAUUGAUUCAAUUGAUUUAGCCUUAAGAUAGUAUUAUUUCCCUCGUAAAUUAAUAGCCUUCAAGUUUCAAAUCGAUUUCAUUCUUUCUUCUUCAAUUCUCUAUACUCAGCUCCAAAUUUCCUACCCAACCUCUCAAUUUC